GAAAGAAAGGAAAAGAAAAAACAGAAACAGAUGAAGAGAAGGGGUAGAAGUAGGAGAAGGACAGAAGAUACGUGUAUAAGUCGAGCAAAGCGUGUUCCGGCACGGCCAGUCUUAGGCCAUACGAGCAACGACUCGGAUCGUGGUGUUGUUGCUUCAUUCGCGUUUUUCCCUCUUUAUUUUUAAUCCAACGACAUAAUAAUAAUAAUAAUAAUAAUAAUAAUAAUAAUAACAGUAAUAAUAAUAAUAAUAAUAAUACGAGAGUUUCUAGAUCUCACUUUUUUCUCGUACGUUUAAAAUAGGAUCAACGAAGUGAAAAAAUAAUAAUACUAAUAAUAAUAAUAAUAAUAAAAACAAGAGCAUAAUAAUAAAUAUCGAUAUUAAUAUCAAUAUUAAUAUAUCCUUUUUUUUCUCAUUUAAUAUCUCUCCAAACGAGAUUAAUAAGAGAAAAAGGUGGAAUUGUUGAAGAGUAAGAAAGAUAGAUAGAAGUAUAGAUUAGAUAAAAAGAGAGUAAGAAAGAGAAAGAGAGAAGUGAAGCCGGUAGUAAUUGGCGAUACGCGCCAAGAAGAAGAGAGUUAUCGAUCGACCGAUUCGCGCGACCUCGUCGGCAUGCAACGUCAGGAGAGAGCGGCUAAUCGCCUUUACUCUACGACGGUUUUACGUUGAAAGAGAGAAACAGAGAAAAAGAGAGAAAGAGAGAGAGAGAGAGAGAGAGACAGAUAGAUAGAUAGACGGACAGACAGACAUAGACUGAGAAAGAGAAAGAGAGAGAAAAGAUAAAUAAAAGAAGAAAAUAUAUAGAAAUAACGUACGUAGAACUGGAGAAAGGUAAAAGAUAUAACCUAAGAGUGUAAGAAAGAAAUAGAGUACUGUGACGAAGACAAAAAGAAAAGAAAGAAAAGAACGAAAGAGAUACAGGUAAACGUGGAAAACAAGAGUUCGGAGAAUCUAAUAGAUACGAGAGAAAGAGAGAAGGAAAAUAAAACAAACGUACUACUUACUUACGCGUGAGCAAACGAACGACGAAAGAACGAUCGACGUACGAACGAACGACGUACAUCAUACAUACAUACAUACAUACAUACAUACAUAUGUACAUAUAAAUCGAGUCGAAUCACCAAUUCAAGUCAAAUCAAAUCGAAUCAGAUUUACUAUCAUACUUUUUCCAAUCCCAUUUAUAUUUAUUUUUUAUAAUAAUAAUAUACAUAAACAAGAGAACAAAGAGAGUAAAAAUAUAAUAUACAGGUUAUUUCUAGUUUUAACCAAAUUUUACACGCACGCGCUUUAAUACAUUAUUCUCUCUCUCUCUCUCUCUCUCUCUCUCUCUCUCUUUUACUCUUUCUCUCUCUCUCUCCCUCUCUCUCACUCUUUCUUUCUUUUGUUUUUCUUCAUUUUUUUCGUCUUCUUCUUUUUCUUUCUUUUUUCUUUUCUUUCUUUUCUUCCUAACGGAACCCACCGGAAGAAAAUCGUGGUAGCAGUUCGUGAGCGAUGCGUAAACGAGUUCGACACGAGUGAAGAGAUUAUUCGUAUCGUUCUCUCGGUUUCUUUUUCUCUCUUUCUCUCUUUACAUCUAUCUGUCUCUCUCAUUCUCAUACGUUAGCUCCAUUCUUCUCUUUUUCGUACCGAAGAAGCACGAAUGAGUCCGAUGGUACUUCGCCAAAAUCCGAUGGCAUCGCGCCAUUGACGACCAGCCGUUGUCGCGUCGUCGUCGUCGUCGUCAUCUUCGUCGUCGUCUUCAUCGUCUUCGUUGUCAUCGUCGUCGUCAAUAAGAAGAAGAAUAAAAAAAAGAAGAAGAAGAAAAGGUGGAGGAGGAGAAGGAGGAAAGAUAACAUCAUCCUGAGACGAAACGAGAUGACGGCAAUGUUGGUUUCCGUCGCGGAAUUGUCGAACAUUUUCUCCGUCCUUGCUGUACUAAUAUGUUUCUGUGGUGUCUUCUUAUUUAUCAUGAGAAACAUGAUAGUACUACGUGUACACGGGGACGAGCUGAUGUUUGGCAGCGGUGGCAGCGUUAUGGCACAUUCACCAAGAAUUCCGCAAAUGGAAAUGAUGAAAGUUCACAUUCCGUUCACCUUCAAACUUCACGAAAGCUUCAAGAGUACCUAUGCCGAAGUUGAGUGCGAGGUAUCCAGUCAGGUUGAGUACUCACUACAGGCUAUGUGGGGUGUCAGCAUAAGGGAGCUUCACUUGGCCCUUUGGAAGCCCUGGAGCAAUCUCAGAGAGGCGUCCUUGAAUGGCACGCUUCUUCAAAGCCACGCUCAAUAUUUAACACCACCACAAACUAGACAACCACAUGGAGAAGAAACAUUGAGAUUAUCGCUUCCGGCACCAGAAUUAGAGUUGGGAACACCACCACGACUUUGUUAUCCUUUAGUGAUCUUUCUCACACGCCGAGAUAAUGGCGAUCCACAUCCAGAUGAAACUGUUGCAUUGGUGAAUGUCGUCCAUAUUAAGGAUAACGUAUGCACAUUGCCGACCUCGAUUCUGGCGCAAUAUUUGAAACAAGCUAAUGGACAAUUAUCCUGUCUCAAGCAAUUAUAUCUGGCGACCGGAAAUUCAACGAAUUACGACGAAGGUGAAGUGUCAUCUGGCUUGGGCCCAGCAUUGGCAUUAGCCGAGCCUUGCAACAAUAAUGGCAGUUCAACGAGAGGUGCUUUGGUAGCAUCGGGUAAUGGUGAUUCCGAGGGUUCAUUUUGGAACACAGCUGGCGAACAACUUUGCGUAGUUUGCCAAUAUUUCCCAUUGUCACGUGCACUAUUACCUUGCAGACAUACCUGCAUAUGUGCAUCCUGUUUCGGUAAGCUCGACCGUUGUCCAAUGUGUCGUAGCCCGAUUAAAAGUUAUUUUUGUAUUCGUGGAGAGGAAUAUAUGCCAAUUGAGAAGGACACGAAUACAUGUUGUAAACAACAAAGACAACAAAGUCAUGGGCCAACUCAUUGGUUACACGAUUGGAACGAUAGAUUAACUGAUUUCCUUGGAUUUGCACGAUAGAUAUAUACACACAUAUACACAUAUAUAUGUAUAUGUAUAUGUAUAUGUAUGUAUGUAUGUAUGUAUGUAUGUAUGUAUGUAUGUAUGUAUGUAUGUAUGUAUGUAUAUACAUAUAAGAAGAAGGAUAUAAAUCGCGAUAAUGUUAAAUAUUACAAUUGAUCCCUUCUUCUAUAUCUACGAAAUUUUUCAAAUCGAAUAUUUUGAAUUAUCCUCAACGAUAACUUAUCAUCUCUCUUAUAUUCGUACGAUUAAUAAGAAAUAAUAAUAUAAAAGAAGAAAAAAAGAAGAAAAGAGAGAAAAGAAAGCAAGAAAGAAAGAAGGAAGGAAGGAAUGAAUGAAAGAAAGAAAGAAAGAAAGAGAAUAAAUAUCAAGAUUAUUCCAAACGAUUCGAAGAUCACAUAAUUUUCAAUUAAUGACUAUGGAUCUUUCGUGUGAUUGGUUGCUUGAUUUUAUAUCGUGCGAAGAUAUAUAUAGAUUUAGAUUUGCCUUGAUACCUGUUAAGAAAGAAGAAAACGAUGAAAGAGAGAAAGAGAGAAAGAAAGAGAGAGAAGAAAUACAGGUGUUUCUUUUUUUUUGUCUUUUUGUUUUCUUUUUUAUUUUUAUUUUUAUUAUUAUUAUUUGUAUUUGUAUUUUUUUUUUUCCUUAUUAAUGAUCAUACAGAAAGAGAAUAUGAAGUGUAUAUUGUCUCUCAAUGUGAUUAGAUAGAUACAUGUGUGAUUGGCGAAAGCAAGACGACGAUAAUUUUAUAUGUAUACAUUAAAUAUACUUUUAGUUAAAUAGUUAAGAGAAAGAAAGAAAGAGAGAAAGAGAGAGAGAGAGAGAGAGAGAGAGAGAGAGAAAAUAAUUCUCUCUUUAUCAUUUCAUGUAAUGUAUGCUUAUGUAAAUCUUGAAAGGAUCUAAAAACUAUUUUCGUUGAUCCUUUGCGUCGAUCCUUCGCGUCUCCAUUUCUUCAUCUUUUUCUUCUUCUUCCAUUAUUAUUAUAUCUUCUUUUAUUAUUCUUAUUCUUCUAUCAUCUUUCUAUUGUUAUUACUAUUUACUAUUAUUAUUAUUUCUAUAAUUUAUCGACAAAGUUCUGAAAAAUCUCUUAGAAUUCUAAUCGAGUAUCCAAGUCAUCGCGCAUCACCACGAGUUUCAUAUUAGCAUAAAGUCUCAAUAGCUUCAACUUUGUUGUAAAUGAAUUGAUUAAAUGUGAGACGUUAGGUCUGCUUCAAAAAAAAAAAAAGAAAAAGAAAGAAAAAGAAAAAAACAGUGUGAUCGAGCAAACAAACAAAGAUAAGUAUAUACAGAGAGAAUGUGCACACCCACUUACACACACACACACACACACACACACACACAUAUAUAUAUAUACACACAAGACACAGAGACACAGCUAAAUAAGCACAGAUAUAGAUAAUGGAAUGUAAGGAAAAAAAGAAAUGAAAUGAUAUGAGAUAAAGUUAUAAUCGAUAAAGAUAUAAUUUAAGAUAUAAUCGAUUUCAUAAUUUUCUUCAUUUAAUUUUCAUUGUCGAUGACUUGCAAAAGAAAGGAAGAAAGAAAGAAAAGAAAAGAAAGAAAAUAAAAUAAAAUAAAAUAAUAUAUCAUUAUUUUAUCAUUCGUAACGAAUUCUAAACGUAUCAUUGUAUAGUAUUAUUAAUAUCACUAUACAACAUGUUUAGUAUAUCUACAUAUAUAUAUAUAUAUAUAUAUAUAUAUAUAUAUAUAAUUGUAUAAUAUUAUUAAUAUUCUAUACACACACACACACACACACACACACACACACAUACAUAUACAUAUAUAUGUAUGUAUAUGUAUAUUUAUAUGUAUAUAUUCUAAGAGCAUUAAUUAUAUUAAUUAUUAAUUUAACUAUCGUACUUCGCGUAUAACACAUAGAUAUAACUAUGUCUACAAACGUGAGCGUAGUAACACACACACACACGUACACAGACGCACGCAUGCACACGUACAAACGUUAUGUCGUAAUCGUUUUUAGUUUUUUUUUUUUUUUUUUUUUUUAUUUAGUAUCAAAAAUAAAAAAGGAGAGAAUAAAACAAAAAAAUGAAUUUUUAAUUUUUUAAGUCAAGACGAAAAGAAAAAAAUUAACGAUCUGACUAUCUCGAUGUUUUCUUUCUCUCUUUUUAUCUUUCUUUUUAUUUAUUUAUUUUAUUUUAUUUUAUUUUAUUUUAUUUUAUUUUUUUUUAAUUCGUAUUAUAAAAAACUUCUUUCCUUUCUCUCAAUCGAGAAAAAAAGAAAAGAUAAAUUUUUUAUUAUGAAUAAAUUUUCGUUUCUCUUUCUUUUCUUUCUUCCGUUUUCUUUUCCAUGUCUUAUUUUCUCUCUUUUUUGAAUUUGAAUGACGCAUUAAUUAAAUAAUUAAUCAAUUAAUUAAUUAAUCAAUGCUUAUACGUUUCUGCGUACAUGUGCGUAUGCGUGUGAGUUUUUUUAAAUGUAACAAUAUAACUAUAUGAUUAUAACUGCGUAUAGGACCACCAAGUAAUCUUAAUGUUCGUUUUUUCUUUUUCCUUUUUCUUUUUUCUCUUUUCUGUCUUUCGUUAAUUUUUUUAUUUUCCUUUGUGUAAAUACGAUUGGUAAAAAAUGAAGAUGAAGAGAGGAGCAGGAGGAAGAAGAAGAUUAUAAAUGUUUAAUUCUUAAAAAUUAUCAUAAGAACUAUUAAUUUAAAGCAAAUUCGAUUAUAAAUGUUCUUUUUUUUUUCUUCUUCUUUUUCUUCCUAUUGUCAUUAUCAUUAUUGUUAUUAUUAUUAUUAUUUCUGUAUUAUUAUUAUUAUUAUAAUUAUUAGUAUUAAUAUAAUAAUAAUAAUUAUCACUAUUGUUAUUAUUAUCAAUUAAUUAAAAUCAAAUGAGAAUUAAUUAAUAAGUUGUACAAAUAUUCAUUAAAAUGAGAAAAGAAGGAAGAAGGAGUUAACCAAUGUUAUACCAAUCGAGAAGAUUUUAAAUUACGAAUUAAAUGCACUUGGAUUAAAAAACAAAAAGAGAGAGAGAAGAAGAAGAAGAAGAAUAAGUAAGGAGAAGGCGUGUGAAAAAGAAAUAAGGAAUUUUUAUCUUAGAUGAUAGCCUUUAAGGAUUAAUAAAUAUCGUUUUAUAUAAACACUUAAGAUGUAAAUAAAUAGCGAAGAUGAUUAUAAAAAAUAAAAAAUAAAAAAAAGGAAACAAAAAAAAAGAAUGAAACAUAUAUAUAUAUAUAUAUACAUAUGUAUAUAUAUAUAUAUACAUACACAUGCAUAUGUAUAGGUACGUCAGUAUAAAAAGAGAAAAGAGAAAGAAUGAAAAAAGAAGGAUGAAAAGAAGAGAAUUUUCUUUAACGUUCGUUAACGAUUUUCUUACAAUCCUACAUGAUAAUAAAAUUAAGAAAAAAAGAAAGAAAAAUAUUUUUGCUUCGAAUGUGCCCAUUAAAAAAAAUUAAAUGAAAAAGAAGAAGAGAAAGAGAGAGAAGAAGAAGAAGAAAACGCAUCCCGUUAUAUCGCGUUCUUUGUGUCAUUAUUGUUAAUGUUCUGCCGUCCAGAAACAGCGAUAGAGCAACAUAAAAAAUUAAAAUAAGAAGAAGAAAGAAAUAAAAAAAAAAAAAACAAGAGAGAA